AAACAAAAACAGAAAGCACAAAAAUAUUUGUUCAUUGUUUGCUUGUUGCUUCUUUACAGUCCAUAGUUGAGUUGUCGUUAACGAUGGAUUCGAAUAAAGUUCGCCUUACAUUGCCAAACAAAUUGAAUAGAGCGCUGUUAUUCAGAAAAAAACCAUUUUUAAAAGCGACUGAUCGUGAUAAUGGCCUACUGCCUGUGGAUAGCGAGCGGGCAUCGACUCCAUAUCCGCAAGCACAUGUUGCCAUAGAUCCAAACGCAGUGGAAGAACGCCUUAACAGUCGAGACCAACGCAGAAGUGUGGUUAAGAUUCAAUCACCUUCCGAGGAUGAGUUGAAAAAUAUACGUAUGCAUCACAGCUUACAUAGCACACCGCAUCCCACAAAAGGUACGGCCGUGAACCCCCGAGUACUUCGGGAACGAUUGAAGGAUAGCACAUUUGGCAGUGAUGGCCUGCAAGAAAAGCAAGUUAGCAUUUCGAGCAAGAAGAGAUCUUAUUCCAGCACGAGCUCGGCUACUGAUUUGUCGUUCGGCACGCCACACCCAAAAAAGAGAGUAGUCCUGAAUGCCCAAACUUUGGUAAAGCGUUUAGUCAAAGCUGAAAGUGUAUAUCGCUUGAAGAAUGCCAAAAAAGUGAUCUUAAUCAGUCCCCGAGAAAGCACGCUUAGGUUGAGAAGCACGGAUAGCUCAACGGACAGCUUUGAGAACCGAAGGCGCCAAUUUCAUAUGGCCGAAUUCACAAUAGCCAAGAAUGGCAAGAAAAUGUCCGACUUCCAAGCACAACAACCAGAUCUUCGGCGGAUGCCCAAGUACCAAGUGGACGAAUCGUACAUAAACGAAAUUGAGGAGUAUAUUAAAAUUCAAGGUUUAAUUAAAAGCAAUGAAAAUGAGUUGAUUAGCAUGAAGGCGUUUCCAAGAGAUGCCGACUCGGAAUACUCUACAGAGACGAGUCAGUUAUCAAAUGAAGAGACGACGACUGUGCUAGACUAUAAUGUUAUUAAGCCCAUAAAGCAUCCGUCAAUAUUAAAAGACUCAGCAGUCAACUAUUCACAAAAUCGAUCGAUUUCAUUCGAUGGUUAGUGAAAGCGCCUUCAA